AUGGCUCAAGUCCCGGAUUCAUCGGGGCGCCCGGUUCGCUCAACUCGUCGGGUGAUACUCGGUUACAACGAAGACUUCUUAGAGGAAGCCCUUAUGCGCUCAUUGGCCCAACCACCUCGUGCAGGUCGUCCUAGGCGCAGAUGUACAAAUGAUGCUCCGAGGCCACUACCAGCAAGCCAGCAGGGUCCCUCCCCUUCCUCAUGUUCCGAUACUAAAAAACGCUUUUCACAGCGAAGCGUCGGCCGUCCGCGACAAAAGAAGCCGCGGCUGGAAUUGGAUAUUGAUAAGACCGGGCCACAAUGGAACACCCUUCCGUAUCAUAUCCUGUGCGAUAUUUUUUUGUACUUGUCACCAUCGAUGAAGAGUCACCCGCAGGCUGAUACCUCUCAGUCUGUGAAAUGUCUGCUGGAAUUAUCAUACAUGUGUCGGGCUUUCUUCGAGCCUGCCAUAUCGGCACUCUACUUCUCUCCCCCCCUAUACCCGCUUACAAAAGUAAGUGGAUUUCUAGAAUUAUUAAAAAAAGAUCAAGGCUCUCUUUACAUCAACUAUCGGGAUAAGGUGAAGCAGCUUGAGUUGGAUGCCUACCGUACGAAGUUAAAAUUGAUAUACUCUCUCCUUAAAUACACACCGAGACUAAAAUAUCUACGGUUGUAUGACUUAUCGGAAUACAAUAGGAUUGGUAAGCCAGCUAGACAUAUUCCAUGGCGGCUUUUUUGCGAUAUGCCCCAACCUGAACAACUGCUACAAUUACGCCUUCACAGCUGGGAAUGGAAUGGAGAUAUGAACUUCCCAUCCAUCGAAGAGGUGCACAAACACCCGGCAUUUUUUUCCCUUCGAAGCGUGCGUUUUUUCCAGCUAGAACAUCGUUAUUCUGGCCGGCCAGAUAACCGCCCCAAAGACGUUGAUUAUUCGAACCCUAACCAGCAAGCGCAAGUUGUGCUCUCCGCAUUAACCCUUCUUCCACACCUCGAGAAGUUGGAAUUUAAAAAAUGCAACUUUGCAGGUAACUUGUUGCCGCUGCUACCCAUGAACCUACAGUCACUAUCACUCAUAAAUUGCUAUACCUUGACUUCCUCCUUCUUAGUAGAAUAUUUAUCAGGUCACGGUCAACAUUUGAGAGAACUUAUUCUCCUUCGGAAUCCCCACCUCAAUAUGUCCUUUAUUAAUCGAUUGGGCGAGUUAUGUGGCCGCCUUCAGACCUUCUCCAUGGACUUCAAUGUAUCACCAUCUACACAGCGCCGGACGCAAUUCGUCGAAUCCUAUUUUGAUUGCCUACUGCCGAACCAUGAAUGUCCCUCGUGGCCAACAACACUACAGGUGAUAGACCUUCAACGACUAAAUAAAUGGGACGUCCCCGCCGCGGAGAUAUUUUUCAACUCUCUUAUAGAAGCGGCUCCACGCCUCCGAGAUCUAAGAGACCUCACCAUUACUGCGACCAUCAAAAUAGACUGGCGCGAUCGAGCAAAGUUUCGCGAACAGUGGAUGCAUAGGCUGGAACGGAUAUUUCUCAGAAGAUGUGCCCCACCAACACGUACGGUUCUUGAAUCAAAACCGGCAACAUUAAGCUCUCAAGUCAAAGUGGAAAGCUCAAGAAAACCUAAUUUGACCCUUGAAGGCGCACCAAUGAGACGAAGCAAUCGCAUCGCCCAACAGGUUGCUCCAGUCGCGAAAAUACAGAGUGCUGAAGCAAGGACCAAAAUGUGUCCAUCUGAAUCCGAUGAAGAUCAACAGGAGGAACGUAUUCAGGGGAUGUGCAAUAAUGUGAAAAUACGUAUAGACGGCCUUCGACCCUGCGCCUUCCUUACUGAUGCAGAGAAUCUUAGUGGAGAGGACAGCUUUGAUUCAGACUGGAAUGGUGUUGACAUAGAAUGGGACACCACCUGUGCGUGGUAG